AUGGUUUCACUCGCAAAACCCGCUUACAACAUGAUGAACCACAUGGAAAACGAGGAGCCCGAUUUCGCGUUAUAUCCCGACCCGCAAAACAUGUUCUCCCCUCAAUCCUUCCAAUUCGGCGUCCAGAAUUUCAACCUCGAGAACAAUUCCUCAUACCCAUACCCACGGCCCCAGGAAGUGUUCUCAGGCAACGCGGACUUUAACGGCGCGAUGUACACGACUGAGGCGCCCCAAUAUGGCCUCGAAUCUCCCGAGCUCAGAGGAGCUCCAUCCAACUAUUCUACUGCCUCCGGGCCCUCGGCCACCUCCUCUGCAGCAGCCUCACCACACUCUAUCCACGGGCAUAUCGCUCCCGGUCCAGAAUGGGGUCCACUUGGUCUCGGAUUCAGUCCAUCGAUCGUGGGAUAUGAUGGUUAUACUCAUGGCAACGAGUACACCGUCGCUCAUUCAGGUAUGGAAGACUUCGAUUCGAGCUUGAACCUCGUCAAACCAAACGGUUUCGUUGGUGAGUGUCAAGAUAUCUCUAGCUCUGUUUCCUGUCAGCCGGGUUCGGCCGCGUCAAAUCCCAUGCCUUCUUCCUCCAUGUCUACUUCUGCUCCAUCUCCAAGAUCCGCGGAUUCAACCGUCACUUUAAAACCAGAGGCUUCGCGCAUCAGUGCCACAAGCAGCAGUUUCAAUGAUAAUUGUUUUUCAUCUCCUGUUUCUGUGGCCCCAACAUCUUCUACUUUUCGGCGGCCUUCUCGGCCAUUUGCUACCUCUCGUGUCUCCAUUUCGAGUUCUGCUGGCCAGCCUCAAGAUCCCCGAUCACCUGCUGCUUCUACCAUAUCACCGACAUCGCCUCAAUUGUUCCCAACUGGCCAUCAAUCUCUUUUCUUUUCUCAAUCUAGUGGAAAUUUUGUACCUCCGCUUGAACCAUCUUGUUCGUUUCCUCUGCCGAUCUUGCCUGUUACGUCUUAUCUUGCAAAUUCGACUAUGAAGAGCAACUGGCUAAUGUUUCACUCCUCAGACCCAUCCAUCCUCCACCCGCAAUACACCGCUCGUCCGACAUCCGUGGCACAGUCUCAUGACGCCUACCAACCACCAACCUAUCCCGCCUCUCCUUCUCUAUCGCAUAUGUCACGGAGUCCGAGACCCAUCAAACAAGGCAGCCAAUCUCCCUAUUUGAACGCUCCUUACGGAUAUCCAUAUCCUCCACCCCGCCGGCCAUCCUUGGUAUCACACCCAUCCUGCAGCAGCCCGGAUAGCAGCGAGGAGUCGAAGGUCAAGGGUCGCUGCACGUACCCCGACUGUGGAAGAAUAUUCAAGGACCUCAAGGCUCACAUGUUGACCCAUCAAAAUGAACGGCCCGAAAAGUGUCCGAUCCAAACUUGCGAUUACCAUAUCAAAGGUUUCGCGAGAAAAUACGAUAAGAACCGUCACACAUUGACCCACUACAAAGGAACGAUGGUGUGCGGUUUCUGCCCCGGGUCAGGCUCUGCUGCAGAGAAGUCUUUUAAUCGCGCGGAUGUGUUCAAACGACAUCUUACUUCGGUCCACGCUGUUGAGCAGACACCUCCCAACAGUCGCAAGAAGACUUCAAGCAGCAUCAACAACGGCAAGAAGCUCUCCGGAUAUGCGCCCGAUGCUACCGGCAAGUGCUCCACUUGCUCAGCGACAUUUGGCAACGCGCAAGAUUUCUACGAGCAUCUUGAUGAUUGUGUCCUCCGAAUUGUGCAACAGGAAGAGCCAUCGGAGGCCGUCAACGCCGCUCGGCUCGCCGAGGUUGAGCAAGACCCAGAGGUGCAUGAAACACUCCGCAACAACCAACUGCCGGCGACCACCACCAAUGUUUACUCGGCAGAUGAGGAGGAUGAUGACGAUUACGAGGAUGAGAAUGAUGACGACUUUACUCUGCGAUCGAAGGCUUCUCGCAAAGGACGGGUAAACCGAAAUCCCGUCAACGGUGUGCAAAAGUCGCGGGGCCUCACACACUCUAAAGGAGGCGUGACCCUGAACACUAAAGGCCGGAAAAAGCGCAAGGACUACCCAUCAUCCUGGGGAUGCCCAUCUUCACAGAUGAAGCUGAAGAAGCGCGUCCUGUGUGUUUUCGACGGCCCUCGUCGUCUCUGGAAAGAUGACAUGAUGCUCGGCACGGACUACGAGGUCCGCAUGAAGCUCAACAACGAGAAGGCCUACGUCACGGACCUGGAUGUCCAAACCAUGCGACGUGCGGAAGCCUUCCACAACUCCACGGAACAAGAGAAGGGUCCGUGGAUCGCCGACGAUCUCACUGGUAUGGAUCUGGAGAAGCUGAUGGAGGUUAAGCAGGAGCUAUAA